AUGUGGAGAAUAUAUGGAUUUAUUAUCAAUGAGAUGUCCCCAGCAGUGUAUAGUUUGCAUUUACAUCUGGAGGAUCAACACCCGGUCACUUUCCAAGCAAACGACGAUCUAAUUAACAUCCUCAAUUUAGACCGUUCUAGAAAAACUAUGCUAACACAAUUCUUUGCAUUAAAUCGAGUAAAUGAAAAUGCAAAGAGAUUACUGUACAAACAAAUUCCAGAAUAUUAUGUUUGGAACCAUCAACACAAAGAAUGGACUCCCCGAAAAACGAAAACAGUCAUAGGUCGUAUUGUUACAGCAAAUCCAUUUGAGGGUGAGCGUUAUUUCAUGCGAAUAUUGCUAAACCAUGUAAGGGGACCGCUGUCCUUUGAAGAUCUUAGAACAGUUGAGGGCAUUUUGGCCCCCACAUUUCGUGAGACAGCAACAAUGCAUGGUUUGUUACAAAGAGACAGUAGCUUAGAAGACUGUUUACAUGAGGCAUCUUUAUAUCAAAUGCCAUCCAGUUUGAGGCGACUGUUCGCAACAAUAUUGGUAUAUUGUAAUCCAACCAAUCCAAGAGACCUUUGGGAACGUUUUGAGGAAGAUAUGUCAAUUGAUUUCAAAUCUUCAGAAGAUUCUACAUCGACUGCAAGAUAUCAUGUAUUAAGGUCAAUCUCUUCUACAAUUGAAUCAAUGGGGAAAAACAUUAACUCUUACCAUCUUCUUGAUGAAGACAUUUCUUUCGAUGGAAAUGAAUUUCAAUCUAGAGAAAUUGAUGAUGAGUUGGGUGUUGAAAUUCCAGAAGAAGAUAUUACAUCUUCAAGAUCACUUAAUAGCGAGCAACAACAAGUGUAUAAUGUAGUGUUGGAAAAAGUUUUAUCAAACCAAAAUGAUGCAUUCUUUGUAGAUGGCCCAGGUGGGACAGGGAAAACAUUCCUAUACAAGGCACUUCUGGCAACAGUACGAUCCAGAAACUUGGUAGCACUUGCAACUGCUUCAUCAGGUGUGGCUGCAUCUAUACUUCCAGGAGGUCGAAUAGCUCACUCACGCUUUAAGCUUCCACUUGAUACUGACGAAAAAACUACAUGUUCUGUGAGCAAACAAAGUGCACUUGCAAACCUUCUUCGUGCAGCAAAAUUAAUAAUAUGGGAUGAGGCACCGAUGACAAGAAAACAACACAUAGAGGCAUUAGACAAAAUGCUACGAGACAUCAAUGAUUCUGACGUAGCCUUUGGUGGAAAGGUUGUUGUUUUUGGGGGAGAUUUUCGACAAGUAUUGCUUGUGGUCCGUAAAGGAACUAGACAAGAGCAAGUUAAUUCCAGCCUGGUUCAUUCUUACUUGUGGCCUACAUUGACUAAGUUUUGA